AUGCAACGAGAUGGAGUGACAGUCAGUUUGACAGAAGCACGGAGGUCGGAGGUCGUAUGCGCAGGAAUUUUGAUACUCGUCUGCGUUGUGUCACCCAUCAUCAUAGCUUUAGUCCGAAAUGCUGUCAAUACGAUACAGGUAUACGCCAGUAACUUAGCAGAGAAGGCUCGUGAACUGGAGUAUGAAAAAGAACUGAGUGAUUCUUUGCUCUACCAGAUGCUGCCUCCUAGUAUUGCCAAACAACUUAAACAGACUCAACAGGUGCCAGCGGAAUUCUUCGCAAGCGUAACCGUGUAUUUCAGCGAUAUUGUUGGAUUUACAGCUAUAGCUGCUGUGUCUACGCCUUAUCAGGUGAUAAGCUUUCUGAACUCAGUGUACAAGUUAUUUGAUGAGAAGAUAGAAUGUUAUGACGUUUAUAAAAUUGAAACCAUUGGAGAUUCUUACAUGGUUGCCUCAGGAUUACCUGUUAGAAAUGGUAACAAACACGCAACAGAAAUAGCAAGUAUGGCUCUAGAAUUACUGGAAGCGACUUCAAUGUGCAGACUGCCACACCGACCAGAUCAGACUCUUUGCAUGAGAAGUGGUAUACAUACUGGGCCUUGCGUAGCAGGAAUUGUGGGAAGCAAAAUGCCUAGGUAUUGCCUAUUUGGGGAUACUAUCAACACAGCGAGUAGAAUGGAGAGUACGGGAGAGCCGAUGAAGAUUCAAAUAUCUGAUGAUGUGAAGCGUGCUCUAGACAAGACAGGGCUCUUCCUGACAGCUCCUCGAGGAGUUGUUGACGUCAAGGGCAAAGGUGAGAUGACGACUCACUGGUUAGAAGGCAGGAUUGGGCCUUCCCCCGAAAGGCCUACUGUCUCAUCUCUGGACUGUACUCCGAGUUUCCUAGCCAGGAUCCACUCCCAAAGAUCACCCAGAUACCACACGGAAAAACCACGGAAACACUAAUGUCAUAGAAAAAUCACUUUUGUUACCAUACAAAUAAGGUCUAUGUUUAAUUGUCUUAAUGUGCACUUGUGACGUUUUAAAUACAAUGUAUAUCAAUGGC